AUGGCUGCUUUGACUGUUUCGCUCACAGCCCCAAAUGGUCGAAAGUAUGACCAACCUCUGGGGCUUUUCAUCAAUAAUGAGUUUGUGAAGAGCUCUUCAGGUUCGACCAUCACAUCCAUCGACCCUUACACGGAAUCGGAGAUUGCCACAGUACAGGCAGCCUCUGCUAGCGAUGUAGACACAGCAGUGAAGGCGGCACGCACCGCCCUGAAGACGGGGCCAUGGAGUACCCUUCCUGGCACAGAUCGCGGCAUCCUCAUGGCAAAGCUGGCAGACCUGAUGGAGCAGAACAAGGAGCUGCUCGCCACCAUUGACACAUGGGACAAUGGAAAGCCAUAUGCAGAUGCUCUGGAGGGAGACAUGCCAGAGGCCAUCGGAACAAUGCGCUAUUACAGCGGGUGGGCAGACAAGGUCUUUGGCCAGACCAUCUCGACGACCAAGGACAAGUUCGCGUACACCAUACGACAGCCUAUCGGCGUGGUUGGGCAGAUUAUUCCCUGGAAUUAUCCCAUCUCCAUGGCCUGCUGGAAACUCGGCCCAGCCCUCGCCUGCGGCAACACCGUUGUGCUCAAGGCGGCCGAGCAGACGCCCCUCAGCAUCCUUGUCCUCGGGCAGCUGAUCAAGGAGGCAGGAUUCCCACCAGGCGUCGUAAACCUCCUCAACGGCACAGGCAAGGAGGCCGGGGCUACUCUGGUCGAGCACCCGCUCGUCGACAAGAUCGCCUUCACCGGCUCCACUGCAACCGCUCGCAUCAUCAUGGCCGGCGCCGCCAAGACCCUGAAGAACAUCACCCUCGAGACUGGAGGCAAGUCGCCCCUGCUGGUCUUUGACGAUGCCGAUCUCGACCAGGCCGUCAAGUGGUCCCACCUGGGCAUCAUGUCGAACAAGGGCGAGAUCUGCACGGCCACAUCCCGCAUCCUGGUCCAAGAGGGCACUUACGAGAAAUUCAUCGAGGCGUUCCAGGCGCGCGUCGCAUCGGUCAGCAUUCUGGGCGACCCCUUUGACGAGAAGACAUACCACGGGCCACAGGUCACGAAACAGCAAUGCGAGCGCGUCAAGUCGUUUAUCGAGACCGGUCGCGCAGAAGGGGCGACGCUCUUGUGCGGCGGCGAGGGCGGCGACGCUGUGCCUGCAAAGGGGUACUUUGUAGCUCCUACUGUGUUCACAGAUGUCCAGAACUCAAUGACCAUCUUCAAGGAAGAGAUUUUCGGACCAGUUGUUGUCAUUGGGAAGUUUAAGACCGACGAGGAAGCUGUUGCCAUGGCCAACGAUACAACCUACGGCCUGGGCGCUGCGAUUUUCACUGAGAAUCUCGUCAGGGCCCAUCGCAUUGCUGAGCAGAUCGAGGCAGGCAUGAUUUGGGUGAAUAGCAGCCAGGACUGCGACCCUCGCGUCCCCUUUGGCGGCGUGAAACAGAGCGGCAUUGGUAGAGAGCUGGGCGAGGCAGGGCUGGAGGCUUACACGCAGGCCAAGGCUGUGCACAUCAAUAUGGGUAAUAAGAUCUGA